CGGCUGUGCUAUGUAAACAGCGGCCUAUUAUGCGACUGUCAGGCGAUGUUUGAUUUAAAUUAAACAGAACACUUCUUGGUGAUUGGUGCUCUAUACCUACACGAAAUAUAUUUAAUAUUGCUUUAUCUUUAUUUUAUUGCGACGGAUAUUACUGCAAAUAGCUAUUACAUAAGACAAACACGGUAAGAAAUAAAAAUGUGUGUAAUUAGGUUUUAUUCAAAGUGUUAAGAACAUUGCUUAUAAAUAACGCUCUGGACACUGGUCGUUCUGGAUUUAUAGCAUUGAUGAACAUGUUUGGAUUCCGUGUUUAUAAACUGUUGGUAAAGGAUGGUAGUCGUGAACCCAAAACCGUGGUCUGAGAUGUCACCAGAUGACCUUGAAAAUGACCCCGCCCGGGACUCCCCGGACUCGGACCUCCGCAUGCGACUCAUAUCCGGCGCGUUUACGAAUAUGGAGAAUGGUGAAAGGGACUUCUUUGCGAAACAAUCUGACUUACACAAACUAGAUAAACUACAGUCAACGCCGCGAACGCGUUCAGCUGUUCAAACACAGAGAAUGACCAAAGGUGGCCAAACUAUUUUGAACCAUACGGUGCCGUUUACGUACAAAAAUAGUGCAAUAUCUUCGUCUUAUAUCAGUCCUCGGCAGCAUGCGCUUACGGCCUCACGCGUGAAGAAGUCGGCCGCGGAACUAGUUGAAUACAUGCGCAAUCAUACCAUGCCCAACAUGAAAAUCAAACACAUCGCGCACUCUUCGGCGACGUCCUUCGACUAUGAUGAAUCUGAAGAAUUGCCACUGGAAAUGGUCAAAUCCUACAUCAAACCCAAACGUUACGUCGUCGAAACGGAAGAAAUCUACACGCGGGCGUGUUCGUUCAUGCAUAUAACGGCGUCCCAGACGUACGUGAAGCAGGUGUCCUCAACACGAGCCGUAUCAAUGGCAAACACGUCAUUAAGUAACGUCUCCGUGAAACCGAUCGCAAUUUCUUUAGUGAGAGAUCACCGGAUUCACACUCUUGACCUGUCUGGCAACGAUCUCGGGCCGCUGGGCACCAUGUACAUAGCAGAGAUGCUUGCCGUUAACGACACUAUCUGCGAACUGAAUCUUACCAGCACGAACCCGGGCCGCGAUGGUCUGGAAGCGUUAGCGACCAGGAUCUACUUCAACAACACACUCAACGUGCUCAGAUUGGAAAGCAACGCAUUAGACCAUACAGAAAUGACUGUUGUUGUUGAUCUUAUAAAGAAUGCCCCGAACCUUCAAGAGCUUUACCUGGGACACAACAAUCUGGGGUACGAGGGCGGCAAACUGUUGGCUACAGAGCUAGAGCGGAACACCACCUUGCGGGUACUGGAUCUCCAGUGGAACCACUUCCGACGAGAGAGCGCCAUGCAUGUGUGUAGCGCUAUUAAGUCAAACAAUGGUCUACGUAAACUAAAUCUGAGUUGGAACGGCCUCGGAAAGGAAGGUUGUAUAGCCCUGGCCAAGUCGUUACCUAGCAACAAGAGCCUGAAGAGCCUCGAUCUCACAAACAACCGCAUCGAUGUGGUGGCGCUACCCUUUUUGUUACAUGGGCUCGUCCGGAACACCGGGCUCGAGUCGCUGCACCUGGCGAAGAACCCGAUGACUACCGAGGGGGUGAAGGCCGUCGUGCGGGCGAUCACGGGGGCAGAGGGCGUUGCCAUCAACUAUCUCAAUGUGGAGGAUAUCCCAGUCGAUAAGGCUUUCACGGAACUUGCCGACAAACUUCGUGACAAAAAGUUCGUUGAAAUCGAGCAUGGCGCGGAGAUGUAUAGCGCGAUAGAGCUGCGAGUGAGGGAGCACGAUCCCCAUGAUCUUAACCGGUUUGAUCCGGUUAUGGUGAUCAUUGAAUACAUGCGCAUUGACAACCUUCGUCUCGUGGACCUGUUCCAGUUCUUCGACACGGGCGGACGCGGUCUCAUCAGCCGCGAGAACCUACGAGAUGGCGUUGCGACGCUUGGCCUCCCGCUCACCGAGCAUCACCUGGACUUGAUAAUGGAGGGCAUCGAUAGAAAAAGAGACGGCUACAUUGACCUCGAGGAGUUCAUGGUUGCUCAGCGGGACAUGUCGAAGACAAUCAUCCAGCGGACCACGCGGGCGAAGCGGAAGGGAAAGGAGGACCUGGGACUGAAGGAGCUGAGACAGAUCCUGAAGGAGCUAGUCGAAAAACGCAGCAAGAAGAACAAAGAAAAGGCCAGUAUUCGCGUGAAGUCCGCCGCCCUCGCCCGGGCAAACUCGGCUGCCUCAAAUAAGUCAAUGGGGCGCGGCCGGAAGCGCGUGCGCACGAAGCGGGCUUCGCUGACGGUCACCAAGCCUAGUUAUUCCACCGUCACAUCCAAAUGAGUGUCUACCAAUUGGCCGCACCAAGCAUUGACACCCACAACCAAAUCGCAAUAAAUGUCUCCCACAACAUUUGAUCGUCAAAUUCUAGCUUUCACACCAACAUGGGUCCAUUGUGUUCGUCUUGUUUGUAUCCGAGUGGUGUGUCUAACAAUGUGUGCGUUUAAUUUUACCAAGAUAGUAUCGAGUGGUUUUAACGCACUUGUUAAUGCUUGAUUGACAUGUGAAUUAAUUACUUUGUUUCGAAAAGGUGCUAUACACAUUUUGCGUUCUAUAUGUUUGUUACUUUCGUUCUGUAAAUGUACAUAUGCUUAAACAUUAAUUAGUUAAA